ACACAGAUUUCUGAGGAAAAUGGAGAAACAGGAUGACAGUAUUGAUAACGAAUGUGGAAAUGUAGACUUUGCGGAUAAAUUAACUAAUAAAUGUGAUCGGGUAAAUAGUGAAGUUGACAGUGACAUUGAAGAUUCACCGGCACCAAGUGACAGUGAAUUAAGUGUCGAUAAAGUGCAAUUUAGAGAAUAUGUCGGGAGUGAGAGUGCAACUUCGUUAGUUGAUUGUAAUGAAGGAGAGCCAAGAGCUGGAUGGUCCUUUGAAGCUCCAAAAAAUGACCAACAAUUCGUUCAUUUGAAUAAUGCUCUUCAGAUUUCCAAUUCCAGUACUCAAGAUGAGCCUUCGAAUGGCGUGAUCGAUAUUACUGAUCCCUUAGAACUUGAAGUUUUCUAUCAUGGAAACAGUUCUACUGGGAAUGAGACUAACCUCUUUGAAGAAAAAUCAUCACGGAAUAUUGCCGUAAAAAUUCGGAAACUGGCAACCGAUCACAUUGGUCAUAUUUAUUUACAAGUGAUCACUGAUAUCCUCACCAUUUUCACUUCAGAAGGGUAUAAAAAUUUACCCAAGACAGCAAGUCAAUUACUAGGAUUUAAUCAUCGAGUCGACUCAAAAUCAAUUAUCAGUUGUCCAUUCUGAAGACAUCAUAAAAAUUCUCGUCCAUAUUGCUGGAGCUGCAAUGUACCAUUCAUCCACUGAGCAACUAUGGCCGAUUUCAGCCAAAUUGUACCACAAAGAUUAUGAUUGUACUCCAUUCGUCGUUGCCCUAUACUAUGGAAAAGGAAAGCCACUACGAGUUACAGAUUAUUUACAUGACUUUGUGGAAGAAGCGAAAAAAUUGCGAACUCCUCACCAUUAUUACUGAUGGCCCUACUAGGGCAUUUUGCAAGUGUUGUAAAGGUCCAACAGGUUUUGACGAAUGUGAAAGAUGAACUAUCAAAGGUAUGACUUUAAGUAACCGUAGAGUCUAUCCAGACGUGAAUUGUCCAAGGAGAACAGGAGAAUCCUUCAUCGAACAGAAACAACCACUGCAUCACUUGAAAGACAAAAAAACUAAAGAAUCACUCAUUUCUCCUCUUCUAGACAUCCCUGCUUUCGAUCCAGCAAGAGAUAUACCUCAGGAAUUUAUACCAUGGAAUGGAAUGGCAGCCUAUGAGGCCCAUUGCAGGAUAUAAGGCCCAAUGCAGCUUAUAAGGCCCAUCGUAGCCUAUAAGGCCCAUGGCAGGCCCCUUCAGGCCCCUCGUAUCGCCGGCGAAAAAAAAUGAUAGAAUAAUAGUUUAAGACGAUUCAUUUGCUUGAAUAAAAUAUUUAUUUAUUUAAUCAAUCACUAUCGCAAUUGUAGAAUAUUUGGAUACAUCUUAUAUUUAGAAUUUUGCAUUUUCAAUUUGCGUAAAUAUA